AUGGGUACCCCACUCAGGGAGCUGAUCGCUAGCACGCUCGAAAAGGUGUACAAUGCCUGCAACACGAGGAAACUCACCAAGUUGAAACAGGACUGCAAGUCACUGCUGGACCGGCUGGAUGACGUGCUGUCCCAGAAGGAGGGAGCAGCUGGAGGUGCUGUGGUGGUGGCAGCUGAUGUUGCCCUCGAGCCCCCAGAAUUGCCAGAAGCACCUCCAACCCCCACACGGAUCCCCCCUCCUCAGGUGGGCACUGAAAAUGAGGAUGCGCCUUCCGAACCCGCUGAUGCCUCAGGCAGGGAACCAGAGGAGCCCCCACUGCCCCCUGCCCCCUCCUUCCAACCAGAGGGGGUGCCAGAUGUGGCAAAACGCCCACAAGGGGACCCCCAGCCGCCUGCCACUGGGUUGGUCACGGGUACCAAUGGGGAAGCAGAGGGGGUGGGAACAGAGGAGGGGGAGGGGCCUAAUUUUCAGGCAGCACUGGCCAAGCUGAAAGUCCGGGGCAGUGUAUCAGGAACGCCUGCUGACGAAGAAGGGCUGACCCCAGAGGGCUACGUGGAGGUGAAGGAGGCAGCAGAAGGUGUGAGCUCAGAAGGGUUUGCCAACCAGGAUGGGAAGGAUCAGCAGCAGCCAGCGGAGGUGCUCACAGAGAGCGCAGCUGCAGAGAUCUUUCCUGUGUUUCAGCUGGCGAUGGACAUGAAGAAGGCUAACCUGGCCGACAUCUUGUUGGAUUGCCUUCAGCGGCUCAUUGCCCACCGGCAUGUUCAGGGUGUGGUGACCUCAGUAUCAACAUCCCUGAAGUCCACCAGGGAUGCAGGGGCAGGAGAGAUGGAGGAGGAGAGUGAGGCAGGCAGUGUCAUACUGGAGGCUGGCAAAGUGCCCCAUCAAGCGCAAGUCAUCGACAUGAUCUGCAAGUGCGACGAUGUGCAGGACGACACAGUGGAACUCAAGCUGCUGAAGGCGCUGCUGACUGCAGUCACAUCGACAACGUUCUGUGUGCAUGGCCAGGGUCUCUUGCUGGCAGUGCGCAUGUGCUACAAUGUGUACCUGAUGUCCCGCAGCCAAGUGAACCAAACCACGGCCAAGGCAUCGCUUACACAGAUGCUCAAUGUUGUGUUCCAACGGAUGGAGGCGAACUCUUUGAAUGUCCCGAUCGCACCAAUCGUUGUCAGCGAUGUUCUGGGUCUACCAAAGGUGGCGACGACAGAAUCUGCCUCCUUGUCAAACUUUGUUCAGACGUUUGUCAACAAGGCAGUUGCAGACACCCUGUUUGCACCUUCAUCAGAAGAUGUCAAGCUGACUGUGGCAGGUGCAUUCGAAAGGAGAGCAGUGGGUGGCAGCGAAACUGCAUCGGACUCAGACCAGGAUCACAUAGAAUGGAGGGAGAGUGAAAGUCAACCAGGCCACUCCAGAGUGACGAGCGCAGAACAACAGCCAGUCUCACCUGUUAUACAGGCUGGUGUGGAGCAUUCGGCAGAAGCACUUUUUCAGCCCACCGGGGAUGCAAGAAGCACUGUCCUGCAGAAGGACGCCUUCCUGGUGUUCCGCGCCUUGUGCAAGCUGUCCAUCCGCACAUCUCCCGACUCGUCUGUGUUGGACUCCACAGCUGUUCGCGGCAAGGUCCUUGCCCUUGAGCUCAUCAAGGUCCUGCUGGAGAACAGUGGACCCGUGUUCAGCAGUUCAGAGCGAUUUGUUGGGGCCAUAAAGCAGUACUUGUGCCUCAGCUUGCUGAAGAACUGUGCAUCCUCCAUACCACAGGCCCUCCACCUCUCCUGUUCAAUCUUCUUGACUCUUGUCUCCAAGUUUCGUGAGUCUCUGAAAGCUGAGAUUGCAGUGUUUUUCCCGAUGAUUCUGUUAAAGUCAAUCGAGCCACAGAUUGGGAAUCCAGCCGCUGCCAGCGGUGCUCAGCAACCUGCGAACACUGUGACAACAAGCCAUGCCCACCAGAUUGUUGUCCUCAGGUGCCUGCAGGCCCACUGCAGUGAUGGGCAGCUGCUUGUUGACCUGUUUGUGAACUACGACUGUGACCUGGACAAUGCAAACGUGUUUGAAAGGCUGGUGAUGGCCCUCAAGGGGAAGGCCCUUGGCCAUGGGAUGGAGAAGGACGCUGAGAAGGUUAGCCAGCAAGAGGCCCUAUUGCGACUAGAGUCUCUGAGGUGCCUCGUGAACAUCGUAUCAGCGUUGGUGACUUGGCAUCAGGCGCAGCAGCCAGGGGAGAUGGUGAAUCGUGAAAGUACUGCAGAGGGUAGCGACGAAGACGACGAGGGUGAGAGCCAGUUUGGUGGCCGUUCAUCUCGUCUUCUCAACACAACAUCAAGCGCAGCUCCAUCAUCUCCCAGAAAGAGCUCCUAUGCCAACAUUGCAGAUGCUGAAGACACUGGAGGGGCCAGCCAGGAGUCUCUGGUUGAGAAGCGUGCCUUCAAGAAACGGUUCCAGAAGGGCAUCAGCCUCUUCAAUAAGCAUCCGAAGAGGGGAGUGGAAUAUAUGGUACAGGAAGCACUGAUUGGUGAUAGCCCAGCUGAGAUUGCUGCAUUCUUGGAGAAGACAGAGGGCCUUGACAAGACCAUGAUUGGGGAGUACCUUGGGAACAGGGACGAGGCGUGUGUCAAGGUCAUGCACGCAUAUGUCGACUCGCUUGACUUUUCAUCCUCAGAGUUGGACCAGGCUUUGAGGUCAUUCUUGAUGGUCUUUCGACUCCCUGGGGAGGCCCAGAAGAUUGAUCGACUGAUGGAGAAGUUCGCAGAGCGCUACCUGAAGUGCAACCCAGGCAGUUUCAAGAGUGCUGAUGUGGCGUACAUCCUGUCGUAUUCCAUGAUCAUGCUGAAUACAGAUCUGCACAACCCGCAAGUGAAGGAGAAGAUGACAAAGGAGGCUUUUCUGAAGAACAACAGGGGGAUCAACGAUGGGGGUGACUUGCCAAAGGAACUGCUGGAAGCCAUAUAUGAACGCAUACUGGCCAAUGAGAUUAAAAUGAGGGAUGAUUCUCUUAUUGAAGGCACAGCAGAGGGCGCUGCUGAAGGGACAGCUGCAGAGUACUUGUUGAACCAAAAGGGUGUGGUGUGGUUGGACAUGUUCCUGGGGCUGAUUGGUCGGCGCCAGGCAACACUCAAUGAGCCAAGUGACGAGGCCAUCAAGAGGACACAGGAGUACUUGAGGGAGAAAGCCAAGGGUGCCACUUUCUUCAAGUCUGUUGAGGUGGACACUGUGCGACCAAUGCUCGAGAUGACGUGGGCACCCAUGUUGGGGGCAUUCAGUGUGCUGUUUGAGCAGUCAGAAGAUGAGUAUACAAUAAGCCUCUGUUUGGAAGGGUAUGUCUCGGCUAUCAGCAUCACUGCCAAACUAGGGAUGGCGAUGCUGCGUAGCAGCUUCACGCGCAGCCUUUGCCACUUCACAUUCCUCCAUGCCCCCGCAAGCAUGCGUGUGAAGAACGCCCUGGCAUUCAGGGCCAUACUGGACGUGGCAGAGGUUGUUGGGGACAACCUCAAUGAGAACUGGAUGGAUAUCCUGAAGUGUGUCUCCCUUUGGGAGCUGAUGUACCAGCACUACUCUGGGACGCCGACAGAUGCUUCCCUGUUUGCCCCCGUCUCUGAGGUGCUGAAUGCGACUGAACACCUGGGGCCCACAGUGAGACUUAGGCAGAAGCUGAAACAGCUGUCGAUGCGGUUGGGGACAGACACUGAUGUUGCCACUGCACUUGCUGGGCCCGCUGCAGUGGACAGCUUUACAGAGGUGUCUGGUAAAAAGCUUGUUGGAAGGAAGGAUUCGUUUGCAUAUGCACAGAUUUUGCGGCAGGUCGACAUCCAAGCCCUGAACCGCUUGUUUGUUAAUAGUGAACAGUUGGACAGUGAGGCCAUUGUCGAUUUUGUGAGUGCUUUGUGCAAUGUUUCGAGAGAAGAGCUGAAGUCUGUUCAGUCACCAAGGGUGUUCAGCCUUACAAAAAUCGUGGAGAUUGCCCAUUUCAACAUGGGCAGAAUCAGGCUGGUUUGGAGCCGAAUCUGGUCUGUGCUCUCUGACUAUUUCAUCCAAGUUGGCUGCUCCAGCAACCUGUCGGUGGCAAUGUAUGCCGUGGACUCCCUGCGCCAGCUGUCCAUGAAAUUCCUGGAACGUGAUGAGCUGGCCAAUUACACCUUCCAGAAUGACUUCCUAAAGCCUUUUGUGGUGGUGAUGCGCCAAUCCAAGGCUGUAGAGAUUCGUGAGCUCAUCAUUCGGUGCGUCUCCCAGAUGGUGUUGGCCAGAGUCAACAAUGUGAAGUCAGGGUGGAAAUCCAUGUUCAUGGUUUUCACAACCGCUGCAGGGGAUGAGCAGCCCAACAUCGUGAGGCUGGCAUUUGAGACCAUUGAGAAGAUCGUGCGUGAGCACUUCAACUACAUAACGGAAACGGAGACAACAACAUUCACAGAUUGUGUGAACUGUCUGAUAGGCUUCACAAACAACCCACACAGCUUGGAUGUGGCUUUGAAUUCGAUUGCUUUCCUGAGGUUCUGUGCUCUCAAACUGGCAGAGGGAUCGAUAGGAGACGUGGAGGGAGAGCUUCCCAAGGAUCUCCCCCCGGCCGCCACAAGCCCCACCCGCAUUGUGCCCGCAAAGACGGCCGACAUGGAAGAGCUCGCCCAGCACCGGCAGCCCUUCCUUCAGUCCACUGCAUCGACUGCAGAGACUGGGGAGGGCGACGCCGAGAACCCGCUGCAGAGCAUGGGCUCAUCCUCCUUCCGGUCCCUGCCCAGGGGGAUCCACUUCACAGACAAGGAUGAGCAUGUGUACUUCUGGUUUCCGCUGCUGGCAGGCUUGUCCGAGCUGACAUUUGAUCCACGGAAGGAGAUCCGCAGCAGCGCGCUGGAAGUGCUCUUUGACACCCUGAAGUUCCACGGCCACUCCUUUGCACGCUCGUUCUGGGCCAGGAUUAUUGACUCGGUGCUGCUGCCCAUUUUCGACCAUGUCCGCGCAGAGGUGACCGACACGACCACGUUCACCCAUGACAAGCUGAGGGCCCAAAUCGACGCGUGGCUGUACGAGACCUGCAUCAAGUGCCUGCAGCACCUGGUGGACCUGUUCCUCAAAUUCUACGGCGCCCUCCACACGAUGAUGGACCGACUGCUGUCCCUGCUCUCCGGGUUCAUGCACCGAACGCACCAGAGCCUGGCCUCAAUGGGCGUGGCGGCGCUCCUUCGACUGGUGACCAACGUGGGACAUUUGAUGUCCAAAGAUGAGUGGCACCAGGUGUUGACAGUGCUGGAGACCACAGCGAGGGAAACGGAGCCUGCUGUGGUCAGCCUCGUGACUCCUCCCACUCCCACAGAGCACCAGAGGCACAUUAACCGCAAGUCGAGCGACUUGACGACCACCCUGGAAGGGGCUCCCUCUGCUCGCGGUGGCUGGACGCUCAGGCAGGGGAAGGGGGCUCGCCGCCUGGCGGAAGUGAGGUGCAGGGAUGCGAUUCAGCUUCUGCUGGUGCAGGCCACAGGCGAGAUAUACAGCCAUCACUGUAAAUUGCUGGAUGGCGACCUGACUGCCUACCUUCUGCGAACACUGCGUACAAUCGCCAGCCGAUCACGGGCGACCGACUGUGAUACUGGCCUCCGGCAAUGCCUAGCAGUGCAGCAGGCGGAGGAUGCGAUCCCUGGCGACUUUGUGCUGACGGACCCCCCCCUGCUACGGCUCGAGAGCGAGGCCUCACACACCUACCUCUCCAUCCUGCUGCACCUGAACAUGGAGGGCGAUGUUGAGAUCAAGAAGUCAUGCGACGUGGAGACGCAGCUGGUGGACCUGUGCGUGGCCAAUCUGGAGCGGUUCGUGGCCGGGAGCACGCGCAGGCAACAGGAAGAGGUCGCCUCCGCCAGUCCCCGGGAGCCAAUGUCUCCUUCCGGCUUGGGCCGUGUCGUGACGCAGACUACCGACGGCCACCCAGUGGUCCUGGCCUCGACGGCGGCCGAGUAUUCGAUGUACUCCCCGCUGGUGGUCGCCACUCUGAGGGCAAUUGGCUCCUUCCCUGACGCCAUGUUUCGAGAACACCUGCAGCGCUUCUUCCCCUUGCUGACGGGCCUGAUAAGCUGCGAACACGCGCCCCUCGACGUGCAGCAGGCGCUGAGUGACGUCUUUGCCAAGAGGAUAGGCCCAAUGAUGUGA